AUGUGCGUUUCAUCAGCAUACUCGUUCAAGUACUCGUUCCCCAUCCAUCGGGGCAAGUAUACUUUCGACAACCAGUACCGCAACCAAGUGUACUCGCGCAACCUUUGUGUUCGGCAUGGCGGCAAGGGGCAGGGCAGCUUCGAAGGCUGCUCCGUCAACUCGCGCAUCGGCAGCUUUUGCACCAAGCACGGUCCAUUUGAUGCGGUCGUGCUCAAGCCACUUGCGGGGCUUCCGCUUCGGGGGUAG